AUGGCCGAAAAAACUUUUCGUAGUAAAAUAACCGCUGCUAAAAAUGAUAUCGUCAAACUUGAGCAAAUUGAAAAAGAAUGUGAAAAUGACUAUAAUGAAGUAUCUAAAAAUCUUGACAAUGCACAAAAAACAAAUCCAAGUCAAACUGAUACAAUUAAUGAGCUAAAAAGUGUUCAAGUUGAAAAACAAAUAAAUCUGCUUUGUGCUGGAUUAACUGCUGAAAAGUGCGCAGAUCAACGUGAAUCAGUAUUAGCAAAACAGCUUCUUUUAGGUAAUAAAGCUGGUCAAAUUGUUAUUCUUGGUCUUCAUAAUGCUGGAAAAUCAACUUUAUUACGUACAUUAAAAGAUAAUCCAUUUGAUGAAUAUACAUCAAGUUUAUCUUCAACUCAUCAUCAUGCUCAAGGUGGUCAUUUAUGGAAAGAUUAUAUUUCAAGUGCUGAUUCAAUUGUAUUUCUUGUCGAUGCAGCUGAUCCAAUUCGUUUUACUAAAGCAAAAGCAGAACUUGAUGAUCUAUUAAAAAAUGAAAAAAUUUUUAAUAUACCAAUUGUUACACUUGGCAGUAAAUUUGAUUCAGAAAAGCUGUUGAUGAAGAAAGUCUUCGUGCAGCACUUGAUUUAUCAGAAACAAUGGAACAAGUAAAAGAAAACAUUUAUUUAUAUAUUAAUAAGUGUUUUUUUCUUAGCAUCAUGAUGGUCGUAAUUUACGUAAUUUACAAUUAUGCAUGUGUAAUAUGAACGACAUUGGCACUUUUGGAUGUGCCUUUAGAUACAUUGGACGAUUUUUAAAAGAGAUAUAAAAUUUUAUGUUCUUUUUCUAUUUAAAAAGAAAUAUAUUCUUAAAUAUAAUCACUUCAUUUAUUUCGGCCCAAAAGGGUUAAGAAGACGAAAAGAAAAAUAUCACUAAAGAAAAUUAACUUAAUAUCUUAGCCAAAUCUAGAAAUGAAUCGAUAUGAGCAGUCCUAGUCGGUAAGGAUCAGUCUUACUCUCGUCCAGGUAGAAGAAUCCUAUGAAGAUCAUAGAAGAUCUUAUUCACCAUCAGUUUUUUUAUUUUUAAUAUGUAUCUUAUUAUAAGAUGGUAGUUUGAAUCGUACAUUCAUCUUACUGUAAAAUUCUUGCAGAAUCUGAGGCUUGAAAUCUUAUAAGAAUAUACACUUUCGAUAUUUAACUAUGUUCUAAAUUAAAUAUUGGUUCUUCUAGCAUUGUCAAAUACAUAUUUUUAUUAAAUUAAAAAAUUGCACAGAUUACAUUCAUUUCUCUUAAUAAACUUAUUUGCUUUAAGUUAUUUAUCAAUCGAAACUGUUUAAAACUAUUUCAUUUUUUCUUUGAAGUAUUUGAAAUUUUUUUUUCUUUUUAUUGAAAUAUUCUUUCAUAUUUUCUUGAUUAAAUUUUUUAUUAAAUUCUUAUUUAUUUUAAUUUCAACGCCUUAUAGUUUACGUCUUUAAAAUAUAUCUACAGUAUGACUAUAGAAAUAACCUGAAAAUUUAAAGUAUCUUGAGAACUGUGUAUGUUGAACACUAUUUAUUGAUUGAAUCAGCUUUCAGAAUGACACAUAUCACUCAAAAUUUCAUAAUAAUUGUCUUAUUCAAUUACAGUGUGUCUGACCUCGACUUCAAUCUUUGUUUAACGGAUUUUGCUUCACAAAAAAUACUUUAUUAUUCAUUCAUGAAUAAUAAAAUAUGAUUUUGAAUUGAACGUCAUUAAAAUAAAGAAUCUCGUCGUUAUAUAAAUCUUCUAUAAUCAUCUAUAUCAGUAGUUGAUUUGUUCUGUUUAUAAAACUCAAGAGGACAACUUUAUAAUGAAGAAUAGACAAUAGAUAAUCAUUCAAUGAUUGCUAAGUACUAUGUAUGUCUCUUUAUUGGAUUGUUUAUUCUAUCUCUAAUCCAACAGAUAAAUACAAAUUAAACUAAAUCAGUUUUUUUUCCUAUAAUUUAUUGUUAAUAGAUUGACCAUGAUAUUUAAUAUAUUCUUCUUUUUAUUUCUUGUUUAUACAAGCUAUGAAUAUGAAAUAUCGAAAACAUUUUUAUGAUCAUCAGGAUCAGAACAGAAGAUAGAUCUUAAUUCAGAAUUUAAACCUAUCACACAGCCUGCUGCAAAAUAUUAUGCUUAAAUUGAUAGAAUAGAUACAACAUAAAUAUUUAUCCACGUCGAGAUUAACAAUAACUAAAACAACAACACCACUAAUGACAUCGAUACCAUUAUGUGAUCCAAAACAUUAUUUUUAAAUACAAUUAUUUUUGAAACCAUAAAUACAUAGCAAUCAAACUUUGUUGUUGAAUCAUUAAAAACUUUUGUCUUUUGUUAUAUUGAUUUUAUUUUAUCUAAUCAGUAUGAUCCAAAUAUAUUCAAUGUUCUCGGAGUAUUUACUUUUAUUGGCAUAAAUUUUAAGAAAAAUAAUAUUUACAAUAAAGGAAAAUAUUGAUGAAAAGUUUUUGGAGGUACAAACGCCCCCUUUAUGCAAAGUCUGAUCAGUUUACUACAAGUAAUACGUGUAGCAUCAUUAGUAAAAUUAUUUGUGGCCAGAAUGAGCGAUUCAUAGUCGAUAUCAAGGUUCAAGAAAAAAGGUAAAUAACAAUAUUUAUCAAUGAGAAAUUGUUCGGCAUAAUCUCCAUGAGCAUCAUGAAGAUCGAGAUAAAUAAGAUGAGAAAAAAUGAUCAAUGGCGUUGAUUGUUGUUUGUCUUUCUGUGGUUCUUCAUUCAUGAUAUGCAACUUUUUCAAUAGAGGAAAACUUUGAGAGAUAACUUUGAAAAAGUUAUGUUCAAAAGGACAGAAGUCGGUCAUUAUCAGGGAUUGAACAAUAUAAAAUAUUCCACCUUGAAAAGAAUUAUUUAAAAAAUGAAAAUUUUUGAAUUGAUAUGGAAGGGAAUAGAUGUGACAUCUACUUUUGAAUUCAUAUGGUAAUGAAUAGCUAUGACAUUUAUCUUUAUUUUCUCUUGUGAAAGUUUCAAUAUGUGAAGCAACUGGUUCAUAAUCUUUUCUGCUAAAAGUACGCUGAAUAUCUUCAUUUGACGAAAAAGCAAUUUCAACAUUCUUCUUAUCUACAUUUGUGUGUAUAUUGAAAGUAAAUUUGUUUAAUCGUGGCAUAUAAAUAAGAAUAUCAUCAUAUAAUUUACUUCCAUCAAUAUAAUUCUUGUUACUUCUUAUUAUUGACAAAUAUAAUAUCAAUUCUUCAAGAUUUAUCAUUCGUCGAAGUAAUGGAAUAAUUAAAUUAUCAUAUAAAAGUAUGCGUGGAUAUGAUGUUAAUGAGAAAUGUUUCAAUUUGGGAAGUUUUUCUUAUAAAAAAAAGGGAAAACAACGUAUCUUUAAUUAUAGUAUUCAGUUUUUUUCUCGAAAUACAAUAGUUGACAAUUAUACCGACUUUAUUAUCGAGUUUCUGAUGUACAUGAAAUUAUUUUUACAUAUAUAAUCAAUGUUGAUAAACAAUUGAAACGUCCAUCAAGUAGCAGAGCAUAAAACAGGCCUACUUUCUCUAGACCUGGCCUGCCCGUGGCAGGCUUCAAAGUUCUACAGCCUGCCUGUGCCUGUCGCUCAUUUUUUGGGCCUGGCCUGCCUGCCUGUCGUUUUCGUUUGGCCUGCCUGGCCUGCCUGUCGAAGCCUGUGUAUAGUUUUCAUGCACCAAUACGGUAUAAUGAUUAAACGAAACCUCAAAACAGCCG